UGUUUAGUCUGUGCAAGUGAACAUCUGGUCAGAACCAGCUGCUGUUCGACGCUUCUUCCUGCAGAGAUGGAGAACCUGAAGCACUUCCUGCUGGCUCUGUGUGCUGCCGGAGCUGCGGGCUUCGUCGCCAUCAUAUUCGUGCUGAGAUGGGUUCUUCACUUUAAGGAGGGUCUGGGCUGGGAUGGUAGUCUGGCUGAGUUCAACUGGCAUCCUGUGCUGGUUGUCACUGGAUUUGUUUUCUUGCAGGGCACAGCUAUAAUCGUCUACAGGCUUCCCUGGACGUGGCAAUGCAGCAAGUUGAUAAUGAAGUUCGUCCACGCAGGCUUGCAUGUGGCAGCCUUCCUUUUUGCUGUUAUCGCCUUGGUGGCAGUUUUUGACUUCCACAAUGCUGCCAAAAUUCCCAACAUGUACAGUCUGCACAGCUGGAUAGGCCUUACAGCUGUUAUACUGUACGGUCUACAGCUUGUUCUUGGAGUUGGCCUGUACCUGAUACCUGUUACACCUGUGUCCUGGAGAACAGCAUGUAUGCCCAUCCAUGUCUACAGUGGUCUUUUACUCUUUACCACUGUCAUAGCCGUGGCACUCCUGGGCAUCACAGAGAAACUCAUUUUUGGCCUGACUAACCCCAAGUAUAAGGACUCUCCACCAGAGGCAGUUUUUGUCAACAUCCUGGGGCUCCUCCUGGUGAUUUUUGGAGCCCUCAUCCUUUGGAUUGCCACUCGAACGUCUUGGAAACGCCCCAGUGACCAGACCCUGCAUGUUCUGCAUACCAACAGUGGAGGGGAGGAUGCCAAAGUUGGUCCGGCCUUGUCUGAUCUGACUGAUGAGACUAAUGCUGAGAGUGGUGAAGAUGUCAGGAGGAGAAGUAAUAAACCACCGGUAGACAAUCAGGUUGACUGAUUAUAAGCAAUAAUAUACAGAAAAAAGUGAAAUAAACGAAAAGAAAU